GUUCGCUGCCGGCCCCCUCCCAAUUCCCGGCUCCCCGGUCCUUGGCCCUCACCCCCCCUCCUCUUUGCUCUUUCCCUGCCCCCAGGAGCCCCGGUUGCUUAGGAACAGGAAGCCAAAAUGGCGGCUAGUCGCAGCGGCAGCAGCUGCCGGGCAAUAGAAAAUCAGCUAAAGAUAUGUGGCUUUAAGAGGGACAUGGAUGUCUCAGUGUUGUACCUUGCUGGACAGACUAAACCUUUCAGAAAACCACCACGAUUAUUCAUCUCCAUCAUCGAAAGAUCCAGAGACACAGCCAUACCUAAACAAUGCCUUUCAAGGGGACUAAAAGAAGUCCCUAGUCUGUCACGAUUUCAGAUCUUAAGGUAUUUGUGGCUUAACAACAAUAAGAUCCAGAAGCUAACAUUCUUGAUCAAUAAUUAUCGCUUGACAGAACUCUACCUCAACAAUAAUGAGCUCAUAGAUAUAGCAGGUGCUCUGAAACAUUUGCAUGCAUUGCAGAUCUUGUUGCUUCACAACAACCAGCUGAAAAACCUUGACACAACAGUGAAGGAACUAAAGGGAAUGAUAAGUCUGCAGACCCUCAAUCUAUUUCACAACCCUCUGUCACAAGAUCCAGGGUACCGUCUUUAUGUGACAUACUUCCUUCCCUCAGUACAGCUCCUCGACAGGAAGAGUAAGGACUGCUUUCCUCUUUUCACAGUGAACUGACAGUCACUUAAGACUCUAGCCCAUUUAGAAAAGUAGAUGAAUUCUUCCUGUGGCUGUUCUCCUUCUCUCCUCCUUCUCCUUCUUGCUUAUAUACCAAAACGUAUAAUGAAUGUAAUCCAAUUAAUGGUGAGAUUUUGCAUGCAGGUAGAGUUUGUGUGAACUAAACAAUUCUCUGUUUGAUAUCAGACCUUUCAUGUUGAAACUGACUAAAAGAUUUGGCUUCUUUGCUAUUUAAAAUGUGUGCGUCUACAGUCUGAGAUCUCAUUUGUCUUACAUAAAAUUCUAUGGAACAAAUUUAAGAGAGGUUAAUGUCAGUGUUCAGAAAUAUGAACCUACCUUCAUGUGUGCAAAUUG